AUGGAUCCGGCAGCCUCGUCGUCAAACCCAGCCGCCGCCAAACGCACCCAGCAACAGGUCCCCCCGUCGUCGACCGGGACCUCGCCGCGUCACUUUCAUGGUUCACCUUCUCUCCGCCGCACCAGUUCCCAUUCCCGAGCCGCGCGGUCAAUAGGCGACGGCCCCGCAGCCUCCUCCUCGACUUCCGCUCACGGCCACGCUCGACAUCGCGGGCGUGCCAGGCCAAAGUCGGCGGCAGGAAAGGGCGCGUUGCUUCCCUGCGAGGGCGCACACACCCGCACCUCGUCCAACUCGAGCGCCCACACGCUCGACAGCAGUCACUAUCCUGGCGGCGUCAUCAAUCAACAUCCUGGACUCUCGCAAGUCUCGUCUCCGCACAUUGUCGUUCUGCCUCCGCAUCCGUCAUCCUACAUCCCGGCCAAUCCGCCUUUCGACAUGCGUCCACCACCGCACCACAGUCAGCCGCACUCAAUGGCAGGCCAAGACCUGACGGCGUCGAGCCCGGUCCGCCCGCGUUCGACGACCCCCGGCCCACCGGUCGUCGUGCACGGUCCGGCGUCCGAAUAUGCGUACGUCUCGCAGCCCACGGCCUACCAGCCCCCCCCGACCGCGGCACUACACCCCCACCAUCCUGGCCAUUCACGCCCGCACCAGCAGCAACAGCAGCAACAGCACCACUCGCGCCCACCUCACCACCUCCUCCACCAUCACCCGCAGUCCCUCCACCAGCCGCAUCACCAGCCGCAACAGCACGUGCUCCCGGGGCAACCCUCGGCAUCCUUUGUGACCUACGGCGGGCAGUAUUACACGCACGCCCAUCCGGCCGCACCCGUCAGCGCCCCGAGUUCUUCCCAUGUCAGCUACGGACCGGGAAUGCGCACCUACUCCGAGUCCCCUGGCACGUACACGAAUGCCGGCGGUCAGAUCGACUCCGCGGGUGCAAGUCGCAGCGGUAGCGGCAGCGAUGCCGACAGCUCUCGUCCAGAGACCUCGCGGAGCAAUUCACUCAGCUCCAGCUCGAUCGGCGAGCUGUCUGCCUCGGUCGCUGGCAGCGCCUACGGGCCGCAGUACCAUCACGCCGCACCGUAUACCCACUACGCCCCCUACUACUCGCAGGGCGCUGCCGGCUCCGCCGCGCCGUUCCACCAGCCGCCGCACGGCCCCAACGAUGGCCCCGUCGUGCUGCAGGGCCCGGUCUCGACCUACGCCGUGCCGUCGGGUAGUCCAGCGUACGGACGCACCUACUCGUACGGCACGACGCACUAUGCGCCCCAGUCCUACGGCUCUGUGUACGUGGCCGGUAGACCUGGCUGGCAGCAAGGCGGGCCGAACCAUUUCCCGCAACAGCAGCAUCAACCACAGCACCCUCAGGCGGGGCCACCGGGGCCCUGGAUGCCUGCCAUCAAUCCAGGCACCAACCCAAGUAGCCACGCCCCUACGGGCGGUCGCCAUCCUCCAGGUCAAAGGCAAAGGCACGCUGGACCGCAUGCGCAUCCGCCGCCGCUGCUCGGAGGCAUCACCUCGCCUCGCACCGGGCCCGGAGCGCUGCCCGCUCGGCCUCCGUCGUCGGCCGGAUCUACUGCCAACGCGUCUCUGCCCGCCAGCCUCGCUGACGGCUCGGCUGACGGCUCAUCGAACGGCACCGCGCACGCGCCGUUGGGCGUUCACGCCGCUGCGGACAUGCUCGGUCAUAGCGCUACGACGACGGUGCCACCCGUCGGCAACGCCGAGGCGCACGCGGUGGACGUGGCGGCAGAGGCCAAGGUACCGGGGCGCGGCCUGAGGCCGCACUACCAUCCUCAGCAGGGUCCGCGUUCCGACUUUGUGCUCUGGUGCGGCAAUGUGCCCCACGAUGCAACCGUCGAGGAGCUCUGGAGCCUUUUCUCGCAACUCCCGCCGGACCACGACUUUUUCGGCGACGACGGGCAUGCGGCCGCAUCACGCAGUGAACCCGUCGACUCUACCCGCGCUUCGAAUCAGUCGGCUGCGGGCGCAGGUGGGCAAGAGAGCUCGACAUUGGGAGCGCCCGAGCCUGUUUUGGACCCCAACGUCGAUGCCCACGGGGUACUCUCGGUUUUUAUCAUCUCGCGGUCCAACUGCGCCUUUAUCAACUACGCCACGGCGAGGCAUCUCGAAAGGGCUGCUGCCUACUUCCAGGGCAGAUCCCUGCGACCCCAGGACCCGAGGUGCCCUAAGCUCGUCUGCCGAGUCCGCAAGAAGGAUGACGAAGCGCAGGCGGGCGUGCUCGGACAGCGAGGUCGAGGCGUCCACGUCACCUGGCUGCACCAACAGCGCGAGGCCGAGAAAAAGAAGAAGCAGCAGCAGCAGCAGCAACAGCAGCAACAGCAGCAACAGCAGCAACAGCAGCCACAUCAGCAGCCACAGUUACAGCCACAGCCGCCCUCGCAGAAGGAGCAGUCGCCGUCCAAUAGGAGCGAUUCGGCGAGGGCCAAGGCGAACACAACACCUUCAUCCAACGCCACGCUAUCGCCACCGCCGCCUUCCGUGUCCUCGGCGUCGGAUCGGACCGGCGCGUCGCCCCUUGAGAACUCGAGUAGCUCGUACAGCUCGAGCGGCUCCCUCUCGUUCGCCUCGACCACUUCGUCGCUGUUCCGCCACCCGGCAUUCCGCAAUCGCUUCUUCAUCCUCAAGAGCCUGCGCCGCGACGACCUGGAGCGCUCCGUCGAGACAGGCUUGUGGGCGACUCAGCCUCACAACGAGGCCGUGCUCGACCAGGCUUUCCGGAACAGCGAAAACGUCUACCUGAUCUUCAGCGUCAACGAGAGCGGCGAGUUCUUCGGCUACGCCAAGAUGGCCGGCCCGAUCCACACACGCACGCCAAAUCCCAAAGAGGCCGCCAACGGGCUGGACAGCACAACGUCCUCUGGCGCCACACCUGUCGACGUGGUUGCGACGCCAUCCUCGCUGAGCCAGGACGGGGCCCCCUCUGAUGCUCUCGCCCCAGCUCCCGCCAUCGACACGGUCAGCAGGCCCGCCGUCAUUUGUUCUGCGGCUGACGGCAAUUUGGACCUCGGCCCGAGGCGAGACCUACACGCAUCGCCUCAGCAACAGUCUAGGGAGCUGGCACCCCCCAUCAGCUCUCCCCUCCCCCUCACACCCGCGCAGGAAGAGGAGCACAAGGGACUCGGGCUGGGCAGCGACGAGGACGGUCUCCUGACGCCGAGAAACAUGACGGCCCUGAACCCCACGCAGUCUCAGACGUGGCCCUCGACCACCAAGCCGAACACCGUUGCCGAUGCUUCCGUCGCGGACGCGCCGGACGCCGGGGACCGUCACUCGGAUCACGGCAGGGAAAAGGGUACGGCCACGACCGACGACAUGCCUCUGCCACUCGCUCGUCCCCCAUUCCCGCAUCGCCAGACGGAGCCGGACGAUCAAGGCAUCCGCAGGGUCGACAUGGCUGGCAGCCUGUCGCCGCAGGCGCCGAACGAUGACCAGAGCGUCAGCCUCGCACCGAGCGACUCUGCAUCCUGGUCGUCGGCCGAGUCGCGAUUCGCGGAGCAGGUGGCGCUGCGGGCGGUGAUCCACAACCUUCGACUCGACGAGCGCGAGUCCCGCGGCAAGGCCAACAUGCUCGAGGAUCAGCUCAACGCCGCUUCCGAUGGAUCCGGCGUCACCGCCGCGGCCGGCUCGUCUGCGAGAGCCGGAGAUGCAAAGGGCGCGCAGCAAGGCGGGUCCGACCCGUCGAACCCACCGCGCGCCUCGUCGUCGGAUUCGUGGGGCAAGCCGUUCAAGGUCGAAUGGGUCAAGACAGAGCCGCUCUCGUUUUACCGCGUACGAAAGCUACGCAACCCCUGGCGCGACAACCGCUUGGUCAAAGUCUCUCGAGAUGGCACCGAGCUCGAGCCGGACGUCGGCAUGAAGAUGCUCCUGGAGUGGGACAAGGACCAGGCCGGUUCGUCGCUCCACGACCGCGGCGGUAGGCUGCGCCACGGAGACCGGAGCUCCAAGGCCUCGGCUGCCGACGAUAUAGCAGAGGAGGAGGAGUAG